CACACACACACACACACACACAUUCAUACUGUCUGCCCUUCACUCGACUAUCGGAAGGCAGUCAGUCGGGUCGCCGGGAGAGGCCAGCCAGGUGGUGAGGGACACGCCGGGAACUUCGGAGCACAGACACUACCCCGGAAGAGCACUACUGAGGCGACGAUCGGCCCACUAGGUGACCCCGCGACCCAGAAAGAAGGAUUUAAUAGUGCAGGAAGCCGUCACGUACUUCUACAUCUCUCUCUGAACGCUACAGUGGUAAAAGAAGCCCAAGGAAACACUUCAAGGGCACCAGUUGACCCCCUUGACGGAAACCCAGACUCUGAAGGAAAGAUUUAAAGGUGAACUGAGAUAUUUCCUGCUCUUCGCCUUUCUACCCACAACGAAGCUAAGAGAACACAGACAGGACCCCAAGAGGACACUAAUAGAGCCUUACGACGCUCUUGAAAGACACCGAAGUACAGGAAGAGAGAAAUAAGAGUGCUUCAAGACACCUAAUACGUUUGAGACCCGCCAACCACCCAGAAAGACGUCCCCAAGAAGCUGAAACAGAGUACUAAAGGACAUCAGGACAUCACGGCGGGGGUACUAAGAAGAGAAUAAGAGCUUGGUGAUCAUCUCCGUAUUUGCCAACCACGAGAUACGAACACAAGGACGCAUAGGGACCAAGGACGCGUCUCAACCUGGUGACGUUCCUCGCUCCACUUCGCCGCCGCCACGAGACCAGAAAUUUUGGUCAGCGCGCGUAACCCAGCAAGGCCAAGCUGUGAAGACCCCCCUCGAGGCCGCGCGGCACCCCGGGGACUCCUCUGACUCUCCCUCCUUCUCCUCAUCCUUCCCUCCUCCUCCUCUUCCUUCUUUCCCUUCUCCCUCCUCCUCGUUCUCGUCUCUACAUCUUCCUUCAGUGUAUCGUAAAGCUCUCCCUCGCUUCCUCUCUUACUUUCCCUCGAGCACCUCUUACUUCUUCCCCUCCAUCCUCCUCCUUCCCUCCUCCUCCUCCUCCUGCGGGGCGUGUGGGCGGCCUGCUGCUGCUGCGUCUGUGGGAAGGAUGCGUUGCUGAACAUGGGUUGCGGAGUCAGCACUGAUGGAAAUCCUAACCAAGGGGUGUACCCCGACGAUCCGUACCUGGCCGCCUUGGAGAAGAAGCCCAUCCACAACAUCCACAACAACAACAACAACUACAGCAACAAUAACGGCAUCAUGUCCAACAGGGAAGUCGACCGCUCGAUGUUGGAGGAGUACCUCAACAUCGAGCGUGAGAUCGCCGAGGAGGAGGCGAACAACCCGAUCCAGCCUCUCGAACUCAAGGCGGACCAGCUGGCGCGCCUCGAGCAGGAGAUUGACACGAUGGAAAGCACCCUGUCCCAGCUGGAAGAACAGACGAGGAAGGAGAAGGGAGAUGUUGAUCGCCUGUCCACCGCGGAGGGCGAGGUGAAGGCGGCGUUGCAGGAGCUGGCCGACGACUCCCUGGACGAGCAGCUGAAGAAGGAGAUGGAGGAGUACGUGGCUGCCCUCAACAAGCAGGAGAUCGCGGCGCAGGAACUUGAGGCCCACCGCAAGCAACAGGAACAGGUGUCGCAGGAGGUGGCGCAUCUUGAAGAGCGGGCGAAACGGCUACACGACCUUUACCGGAAACACGACACACUGCUGGAAAAGCUCUUCGGCGGGGAAUACGGGUCGGUCACGGAGAACCAGCUUGAGGCGGAGCUGGACGAGUUGGAGGCGCACCGAGGGAGGAUCAUGGAGGCGAACUUCAAGUGGCGGCAAGCUCAGAUGAUGCUGGAGUACGCGUGCAAGCAGCUGGCGGUGGCGGUACAGAAGUGGCAGGACCUCCCCACCAUACCUCAAAUAGAGCUGGAAAUCCGGUACAGCGUGGCGGCGGAGACGAGGAACAACCUGGUGGCGGCGGGGCAGAACAUCCAGGGGGCGCAGCGCUACCUCGACAACGUGCAGUUCCCCUACUGUGACCCCGACGAGGUGGAGACGCUCAACAAACAGGCCACGGAGUACGUGUUCACGGACAUGCAAAGCAACGACCGCCACGAACACGCCCAGGCCUGCUACAGCACCACCCACAAGCGAGCCAACGCCCUCCUGCAGUGGUUUGACACCGUGAUCAACACGACCAUCAUGAAGGACUUGGCUGAGAUCAACGAUAAAGUGAAGGAUAAGACUCUGGAGCUACGGCGGGAGCGGGUCAGACUCAUACAAGAGAAGGUGAAGAGGCUCUGGGGAACGGACAUCAAGCUGGACCAGACGCUGCGCACGGAGGAUAUGGACGUGGAGGAGAUGGCCCGGAUAAUGCUCACGGAGGGCCAAGUGGUCAAGGUGGAGACUGGCGACGUGGAGAGCGAGCGCGCCGGCACGCCCCCCUUGCUGAGUAGUGAUGAACUGGCGCCCAUGCCCUCCAACACCAUCAUCUUCGGGACCAUGUACGACCACUACCAAGAACAACUGAGCGCCCUAGCCAAGCAGCACCAGGAGGAGAUGGAACAGUUCAUGAAGGAUCAGCAGAACAAGACCCAGCGUAUGAACGAGACCCUCCAGAGCAAGCUGAUGGCGAGGCGGCAGCGGCGGGCCAGGAAAAACGUGGAGGAGAAGCAGAGACUGGCCCUUACCUCGUCGGACCUGGGCGAGGCGCUGGCGGAGCAGUAGACAGAUACGCCCGACCUCGUAGAUUACUAUACCUCGGUUUUUUUGCCUGGUUCUUCGGUUGCUGCUUUUUCUUGUUGUUUUUUCUCUCCUCUUCUGUUUUAGCGAGUCCUACUUCUUCGUCCUCUUCAACUUUUCUUUGAUUUGUUUGUUCUCCUUCUCUUCCGAAUUCUAUGUGGGCUUUUUUUGUUUUUUUUUUGUAAUUCGUGUUCAUUCUGUUCUUUCUAUUCGUGGUCCUGUUUCUCAUGUAUUGCUUAUUCUGUCAACUUAUCCUCUUCUUUGUCCUCCUCUUCUUCCUCUUUCCCUUUCACCUCCUCCUCUUUCGGUCUUCUUCUCUUCCUUUUUCUCUUUUUUCCUUUCUGUAACUCGUGUUCAUUCUCUUCUUCUUUCUCAUUCUCUCGCUUUUCCUUUUCUUCUUCUUUAUUUCACCCUUCCUCCUCCUCCUCCUCGUUCUCUUCUUUCCCCUUUAACUCUUUCCCCGUCUCUUCCUCCUCCUCAUUCUCCUUCUGUAACUCAUCUUCAUUAUCUUCUUUCUCAUCUCCAGCUUUUACUCUUCCUUCUUUUCUUCCUCUUUCUACUCCUCCUUUUCCUUCUUCGGUUCGUCCUUCUUCGUCACCUGCUCCUCAUCUCCCUUCUCCUCCUCUUUCUAGUAUUUCUAUCUAUGUUUAUAUUUCUUUUGCUCACCUUCGAAGUAUUGAUCUACCUCUACCUCCUCAUCUUCGUACUAACAUUGAAACUACUGCUACCCUUUUUUUUUACGGUUUAUCUUAUGCCAAUUCCUCCACCUCCAACUCCUCCUCCUCCUCUUCCUUCCCCUUCUCCUCCUUCCUCCCCGUCUCCUCCUUCCCUUUUUGUAGGGGUAACUCAUCCGUUCAAGAAGUAUAGUAAUUCAAAACCCCAUCUAUUGAUAUUAUUACUAUCAUUAUUAUUAUUGUUACUAUUAUUAGUAGAUAUUAAGUGGACGUAAGACUUAGAAACAUGUGUAAAUACGAAUAUAUGUAAGAUUUCGUAUAUGUAGUUGUUGUAUAUAAUUAUAGAUAUAUACGUGUGUGUGUGUGUGUGUGUGUGUGUGUGUGUGUGUGUGUGUGUGUGUGUGUGUUAUCACUUAAGUGGGGCUUUCUACGCCUCACUUUAUACUACUUAAUGUGCCUUAAAAUAUAUGUACUUAAAAAUAAAAGUGUGUGUGUGUAUGUGUGUGUGUGUGUGUGUGUGUGUGUGUGUGUGUGUGUGUGUGUGUUUACUGGCAAUACUUUUUUUUGUGUGUGUACGUUUGCAUUUGUAUAUGAUUUCUCUCUCUCUCUCUCUCUCUCUCUCUCUCUCGCAGGCAAUAAGCAUCAACAAACACAGAAAAAUGCGACUGUUUCCUUUCUAUUUCUCUCGCCGUCUCUCCUUUCAUCUGCUUUUAUUUCCCAUUUCAAUUUUUAUCCUCAUUCUCUUUCUCGUUUCCUCGUAUUUACCUCUAUUCUAAACCUGUUUCUAUUGAGUUUCCCAUCGUAUUUUCAACCACUUUUCUUUUUAUUUCCCUCUCUGCUCUUUUCUUUCCUCUAUAUCCGUCUUGCUCUUCUUUCUUCCUCUUUUAUUACCCUCAUUUAUACACUACAUUAUUUCCCUCACAUUAAUUUUGUCCCCCAUCUAACACUAUUCGGUUAUGCUAUUUCAUUUUUUUCUUCCCGUUUUCAUUUUUUUUCUUCCCGUUUUCAUUUUUUUCUUCCCGUUUUCAUUUUUUUCUUCCCGUUUUCAUUUUUUUCUUCCCGUUUUCAUUUUUUUCUUCCCGUUUUCAUUUUCAGCUUGCCAUUCUUUCUCUUCGUUUUCCAUUUUUAACGUUCUACCUCCCCAUCCUUUUUCCCGUUUCCAUAUUUUCUUCGUGUGAAUUUUAACUCCAUCACUUUCUACCCUUUACGUUCAUUGCAUAUUCCAUCCUGUCUCCAUAUUCAAUUUCUCACGCACUUUGAUUUUCUUUUAUCUCUCCUUAUUUCCACCAUCGAAAAUAAGGUCUCGUCAGCUCUGUGAUAAACAAGAUAAACUAAUUAAUUUACAGAUAGAGGCACAUCGAUCCCACAUUCUGUAUAAUAUUUUUUCUCCUGGUUGACCUGAAUAUGGGAUGCGAUGGUGUGGUGUGUGUGUGUGUUUGUGUAUGUGUGUGUGUGCGUCAGUGUCCUCGAAGCAAAGGUCAGAAGGAGAUGCCACUCAUGGAAAAGGGAUGGAUAUGCGUGCAAUGUCCGAUGAAGAAUGGAAAACAAUGAAAAAUAGUAAUGUUGAAAUGUAGAGGCUAGAGGUAAAUUGAAGUAUACUGUAAGCGAUUGAUGGCUUAUGUUGGCAAAGUGAGGUAGAACGAGGGAUAGUUUCUUGUUUUAAUGUAGUAAUAGUUCAAGCUGGUUAAUUUAAGUAGUGAAAAAGUAUCCUAGUUUAUGUUGGUAAAAUGAAGUAGAACGAGGGAUAGUUUCUUGGUUUAAUGUAGUAGUGAAAACGAGUGAUAGUUUAUAUUGGCAAAAUGAAGUAGAACGAGGGAUAGUUUCUUGGUUUAAAUAGUAGUGAAAACGAGUGAUAGUUUAUAUUGGCAAAAUGAAGUAGAACGAGGGAUAGUUUCUUGGUUUAAUGUAGUAGUGAAAACGAGUGAUGGUAUUUCAAGCUGGUUAAUUUAAGUAGUGAAAACGAGUGAUAGUUUGUGUUGGCAAAAUGAAGUAGAACGAGCAAUAGUUUGUUGGUAUAUUGAAGCAGUGGAAACGAGUGAUGAUAAUUCAAGUUGCUUAAUUCAAGUAGUGAAAACGAGUGAUUGUCUAUGUUGGCAAAAUGAAAUAGAGACAACGGUGGGAUAGUUUAUAAUGGUGUACUGAAGUAGUGAAAACGUGCAAUGAUACUAAAGUUGGUUAAUUGAAGUAGUGAAAACGGGUGAUGAUACUAAAGUUGGUUAAUUGAAGUAGUGAAAACGGGUGAUGGAUUUUAUUGGGAAACUGAGAAGUGAAAAAGUGUGGCGCGUCUUUCCGUGUAGGUGAACAGCCCGGAGCGGUAUUCUCAGCCGCUUCCACCGCCUACAUUAACUAUUUCCAAAGGCCAAACAGGAGGUUAAUCGGGUUUUUAUGAGGUUUUUUUUCACAUUCAUGGUACGGGAGAAGGGUCACACUCAGCGUUGCCAAAUUAUCGUACUCAUCGCAUUGCAGUUUCGUAGUCCCAAUAACGAAUGCAAAAACAAACAAACAAACAUCAAUAAAUAGGAGUUUUAACGCUUACUUCAAUUUUUUAUCGUUAUUUGUGUAUGUACGAGAGUUUGAGGCUUAAAAGUAAUAAAGGCGAUGUGGUGAAUACGAUAAUCUGGCAAUGCCUUUCACGCUACAACCUGAGUCAUUAAACUACCCCUGGAAAUGCCCAAAACGCCUACGAAAGCCUUGUCAAAUACGUGUACUUGAGCGCCGGAAGGUUUGAGAAAAGUUUAGAGCGGCAUCUCCUUCAGACCUCGUGCCCGAAAGCGGCGCCAUAAUGUUCGGGUUCGGAGGCCGCGUACAAAGCCUCGAGCGGGGUCUCGAAGCUCCUCUGACGUCAUGGAAGGAGCUUUCAUGACGUCAUCACCAUAUUCAUAUAUUUUCACCUGCACCGAAUAAAAAAGUCAUAGAAUUGAUAGAUAUAAGUGAGAGUUCAAUGUAUUAAUUAAAUGUGGAAUUAUUGUUAAGGAAAUGCCAUGAAACACCUUUGUCAGAAUACACCUUUGUCCCUCCUUGGUGAUAUUAUUGUUAUUAUUAUUAUUAUUAUUAUUAUUAUUAUUAUUAUUAUUUUUUUUUUUUUUUGCCUCCAAGGUGAAGUGUGGUUAGCGUUUAGCGACGAAUCCGCGGACCCGGGUUCGAUCCCCGCUGGGUUGUCGGCGCACAGUCCACCCAGCCGUUCCUCUUUCCUUUCGGGCUGGUCAAUAAGAGGGUACCUGGGGAAACCUGGGAAAGGUAAACUGUGGUAACCCGGAUGUCCCUCUGGCCCUGUCUCCCGGGGUAAUGGUGGUGGAUUAUGGUGGUGGUGGCGGUGAUAGUGGUGAUGGUGGUGGUCGUGGUGAUGGUGGUGGUC